AUGCAGAAGAAACAGAAGAGAAGUUCUUCAGAGGUCUAUUGGACUGCAUUCCUUGGAGAAUGCGAAUAUGAAGUCAAGACCAUCCAGCAAGGAUGCAGGAUGAGCUUCACAUACAUGAAUUACAGUGUCAACCCUUCGGAGGGCCUGGCUGAGUCUUUGGUUCCUCAUGAAAAUUGCACAAAGCUUGGGAUGGGGUUGGACAUGUUAUCAAGAUUCCAAACAACAUUUCUGAUGAAAUUGGGCUUGAAUUGCGAUGGACCAAGGAAAUCCACCAGCUUUGACAGGAUGCAGUUGGUAAUGAAGACAUUUGCACCUGAUGAGAAGAGCAUUAAUGGUUACAUUUAUUACAAGCUUCUUGGGCAUGAACUUUCCUCCCAGGUUCUCUGUGCACAGAUGCCUAAGUGUUUCUCUGCACCAGGUCUUCCUGAGCUCAACCAUUCUCAAAUUUAUGCAGUCAAGAGUGUUCUGCAGAAGCCCAGUACUUAG